UUUGAGCACUGGCUAAUGGCUAAAUGAUCCCUUUCGCUUGUUCCUUAUUCGAAUCCCAUAACGGAAGCGAUUGUUUUCAUCAUAAAUAAUUGACAAACUCAACUGAUUAAAUUCCGUUGCUUCUUUAAAAGAAAUCAUACAAAUCGAAGUUGAAAUCUGAAACCUUAGGAGACACAUUCAUCUUCACUUUCGUCAACUGGAGAAACCGAGAGAACCAGAUCUGGGAGUCUUCUCGGUGCACCCCCUUCUCUCCCAGUUUUAGAGAGGGAAAGGGGGAAACGAGAUUAUAUUAUUCAAUCGCCAUUGAUAACUCUCUGAAAUGGCUCCAAUCUUCGAGUAUUUUGUGGUGUGCGGGAUCGGCCCUGAGAUUCGAACUCUUGAGGGAAGCAAAGGGUUCCAUGGUACUGGAUACAUGUAUCUUCCUUCUCUUCUCGAUCAGUACCCUCCGCCUAAUCACUCACCCCACCCUCCUCCACCUCCUCAGCUUCCCACAUGUGUUCUGCCGGCUGGUGUAGAGUUUUAUUCUUCGGGGUUUGAUUCCAAUGACCCCUCCACGUUUCCGAGGAGCUAUCCCAUUGUUUUGACCGAGGGUGAUGGUUCAAAAAUAUAUGUUAGUUGCAUCUCCUUUCGGGAUCCAAUCUGUGAGGAUAUAGCAGAUGCUUACCGGAUACCAGCAAAUUCUUUUGCUGAUAAAUGCAUUUGUUUAGUUUCACGCUCACCGAGUUUCCGUGUACUUAGGAGUACACUGGAGGAAUUAUUUGCACUGUGCUUUUCUCCAAAUGGAAGUAGCAAGCCAUUAUGGGAUGUUAUAGCAAGUGUGGUGUCAAAUGUACCUUUGCCAACUCCUGGUAAGGAGCGAGUCCUGUUUGCUAUUGAGAAUUGUCUGCUUUCUGUGGAGGCUCCACCAAAUGAUGGGCUCCCCCAUGCUGACAUAUCAUUUCAGCCUCUGCUGCAGUGCUUGGAUGUCGACAACUUAAUGAAACUUUUUACUGCAGUAUUGCUUGAGAGGAGGAUUUUGCUUCGAGCAAACAAGUAUUCACUACUGACUCUUGUGUCAGAGGCCAUAUGUCACUUAAUUUAUCCAUUCCGAUGGCAGCAUGUAUACAUUCCAUUGCUAUUUUUCAGUGGAGUAGACUACAUUGAUGCUCCCACUCCAUAUAUGAUGGGCCUCCACUCAGGUGUGGAUACCUCUGCGCUGACAAUGGAUGGUGUGGUAGUCGUGGACCUUGAGUAUAAUCGUAUCACUACAACAGAGGAAAUUCCGCCUAUUCCUGAGCCAGAGUUUACAUUUUUACGUGGUGAAAUUUCAAAGUUGUUAUAUCCCAAUGUAGUUGGAAUUGAUGAAGUGAAGGCUGGAAUAUGUGGUGCAUCUGAGCAUUUCCCUAGGUCUGGAAGCAAGCAAUGGGGAGAGGAUCAUGACCUUCAGAUAAGGUUGAUAUUCCUGAAGUUCUUUGCAACACUUAUAAGUGGUUACCGCAAUUUCAUAGAAAACAGUGCAACUAAUAUUUUUAACACUCAAGCUUUUUUGAAAAAGCGCUCUCGAUCUACUAAUCAUCCCCCAGAGCCCAUGAUAGCUCAGUUCUUAGAUUCUCAUGGUUUCUUGGAUUAUUUGGAGAGAGGUGUAGGGUCUGAUGAAAGCAACAACAACCUGCUUGAUAAGCUACAAGAUGCAAUUGGAAGGGGCCAAAAUCCUAUGUCAAUUCUUCCAUCAUCUUAUGUAGAGCCUGAGAUUAUUACUAUAUCGGAUUCUGAUGUUGGAUUAUCAGGAUCUGGUGCUAAGUAUACUUAUGAUAGGUUUCCAUCAAACAUCAGAACAGAUGAGCAAGAAGAAAAGAGGAAGCAGAUUCUUGCAGCAGCAAGUAAUGCCUUUGAGUACUCUGGAAGGCAAACUCCAAGUAAGGACUCUAUAGCAGAUGGUCUUACUCCCCUAGAGAGAGCUGCAGAAAGGGAGCGCAUGGUGUUGGAUAUUAAGGUUAAGUUGCAGGGCUUGUGGCUACGGCUACUUAGACUGGGACCAACAGAUGAUCCUCUUUCAUCCUUUGAAUAUGGAACAAUACUAGCCUUGAUUGAAUCUGAUGCUGAGGGGAUUGGUGGUAGUGGUUUUGUUGAGUGUAUAAGGGAGCAUAUACAUUCAGGUUGGCACUGUCAGCUAACUGAAGAACAAUUUGUUGCUGUAAAAGAAUUGCUCAAAACUGCUAUCAACCGUGCAACCUCCCGAAAUGACUUGUUGACUAUUAGAGAUGCCCUUGAAGUUUCUUCUGAUAUGUACAAGAAAGACAUAAAUAACGUGGCAGAUUAUGUCCAGCGCCAUCUUAUUUCUCUAUCUAUUUGGGAGGAGUUACGGUUUUGGGAAGGGUAUUUUGACUAUUUAAUGGAGCAAUCUUCAAACGAGUCCGCCAACUAUUCAUCUCUGGUGACAGCACAGCUGAUUGUAGUGGCAUCACAUAUGGUUGGGCUUGGGCUUCCUGACAAUGAUGCUUGGUACAUGAUUGAAACAAUAGCUGAGAGAAAUAAUGUUGGGUCCAAGCAGUUUAUAAAACUUAGAGGGUUCUUGUCACACAUCCAGCAACUACGGAAUGGUUACUGGGGAAUCACCUCUAUGAAAACACAGUCUUUGUCAUCCCUUGCAUUGCCAUCCCCACAUACAAAAGAUGCAAAAGAUGAGCACCAGCAACCUGCUGAGGCAACUGGAAGAAGCUGGGUGCAGAGCAUGUUCAGCCGUGAUACAACAUCAAGAUCUAGCUCAUUCAGCCGUGUUCGUAGAUGGACUUCAGAUGGGGCAAAUGAGAAUGAAACUUCUCGCAAACAAGAUCCAUCAACAAUUGGGCAGAAGAAGCUUCAAAUCAAUGUUCGCAUGCUUAGGGGUCAUAGUGGGGCUAUUACUGCUCUUCAUUGUGUUACCAAGCGAGAAGUAUGGGAUUUGGUGGGUGACCGUGAGGAUGCUGGCUUCUUUAUCAGUGGAAGCACUGACUGUACAGUUAAGAUCUGGGAUCCUAGUCUUCGGGGUUCUGAACUCAGGGCAACUUUAAAAGGACACACAAGAACUGUUCGAGCCAUAAGUUCAGACAGGGGAAAAGUAGUUUCAGGAUCUGACGAUCACUCUGUUUUAGUGUGGGAUAAGCAAACAACUCAGCUUCUAGAGGAGCUUAAAGGUCAUGAUGCACAGGUCAGCUGUGUACGCAUGCUCUCUGGAGAGCGUGUUCUAAGUGCGUCACAUGAUGGCACUGUGAAAAUGUGGGAUGUUAGAACUGAUACUUGUGUUGCAACAGUUGGCCGUUGCUCUAGUGCUGUCCUAUGCAUGGAAUAUGAUGACAAUGCAGGAGUCCUGGCUGCUGCUGGAAGAGAUGGGGUUGCUAACGUAUGGGAUAUCCACGCGGGUAGGCAGAUGCAUAAGCUCUUAGGACAUACACAAUGGAUAAGGUCCAUAAGAAUGUCCGGUGAUACUUUAAUUACUGGUAGUGAUGAUUGGACUGCAAGGAUAUGGUCUGUUUCUCGAGGAACAUGUGAUGCUGUUCUAGCAUGCCAUGCAGGACCAAUAUUGUGUGUUGAGUAUUCUCCUCUUGACAAAGGAAUUAUAACAGGGUCAACUGAUGGCCUUGUAAGAUUCUGGGAAAAUGAUGAGGGAGGUAUCAAGUGUAUAAAAAAUGUAACAAUUCACAAUGCUGCCAUAGUAUCUAUCAAUUCUGGGGAACACUGGUUAGGAAUUGGAGCAGCUGAUAAUUCCAUGUCUCUCUUCCAUCGGCCUCAAGAAAGACUCGGCAGCUUUUCUGGCACUGGGUCCAAGAUGGGUGGUUGGCAGCUUUAUAGAACGCCACAAAAGACAGUUGCUAUGGUAAGAUGCAUGAGUUCUGACCUGGAGAGGAAAAGGAUAUGCAGCGGUGGUCGUAAUGGAAUUUUAAGGCUGUGGGAUGCCACUAUCAACAUCUGAUCUUGACUGAUAUCCACUUGAAUUUUUAUGGCUGAAACUUGAAAAAGAAGCGAAUUCGUGACGGCAAUUGCCUACAGUAUUCUUGUUUAUUCCCCAAGGCCCAUACGUAUAUAAUGUGUGUGAUCUCGUACGAGUUCAAACCAAGAAUGCAAUUUUGGUUUAUGGAAUCUCUUCGCGAACAGCUAUUGUUUGCUUUGUGUAGAGUUUGAUGCAUCCUCAAUGUACAUGUAUACAAGGAACGAUCAAAUAAAAUAGUGGAUAUUUUUUCCUUUUACAA